AUAUUCUUGAUCCUUUUGAGCUUCAAUACCAAUUUACCUUUUUUGAAUUUGUUUUACUGAGUCUUUAUUAAUGUUUUAGUCUUUACUUACUAUAAUCAGUUUUGGAUAGCUUGGCUUUGAGUUUUUUCACCCAAGAAAAAAAAAAAAGACAGAAUUCGACAUCUAAUAUAUAUACAUUAAAAACAAGUAAAUUUAAUAUUUACGUCUACAUUGUAAUCUUUCAACAAAGAGGAUUCCGAUGAACUACUACACUCCCUUGGCUGGAAGUGCAUAUUCAUUUCAAUUUCCUUGGAUCAACAUCUCAAAGCUCUUCUUGUUUGCCCUUUUCCCAGAGGCUUUCGAUACAAAAUUAUAAGAUGAAAGGAUGUCUUAUAAAUGCUACUCCUAUGUAUUAUCAAAAUUGUGUUAUAUGUAUGUAUAUAGUAGAUGUUGAAUCGCCCGUACUUCUGCAUGUGUUUACUUCUUUAUAUUUUGACCCCUUUUGUAAAAAUUCUGGCUCUGCCGAAGGGUGGAAAGAAGCUUCAAGGCCUAGAAUAUCAUGUUCUUUCUCUUCUUUCACUAUUGUUUAGAAGUACUAAGGUAAUGGUUUUGUACUGAAGUGUUGAGGAUCAAUGGGCGGGUUCGAUGAUCAUGUUGCUAUCUUCGGAGACUGGAUAACACCUAGCCCGAGCCCAAGAGCCUUCGUGUCUUCACUGCUAGUCGAUGAUGUUGGAGGAUGGUUACCUCUUAUGGAGCACACUAAUGAAAGUAACUGCAGAAACUUCAAUGCCGAACCUCAACAGAAUGUCACCGCCUUGUGCAGCACUGAUGGAAAGGAUGGGGCACGGGCUGGUGCUUCGACUGAUCAAACAGUCAAGUCGAGUGCACCAUCAGAGCAGAAACCGAGUACUCGUGGAGGAGGGCUCAUGGAAAGAAUGGUAGCUAGAUCUGGAUUUCAUGCUCCAAGGCUGAAUACCGAUGGCCUUAGACCUCCUGUUCUUUCACAGAAUCAAGAAGCUAGGUCUCCUUAUUUGACUAUUCCUCCGGGUCUCAGUCCAUCAGUCCUAUUAUAUUCACCUGUUUUGAUCUAUAAUCCACUGGUUUGUCCAUCUCCUACAACUGGACUAUUACCAUUAGCAUCGGGCGAUGAGAGUAAAAGUCUUAUGUUGACGGCUGGAAUUGCAGAUAAGAGGAAAGAGACUGCUUUUGGCAGCAAUACUUCAUCUUCCUUCUCUUCCAAUCCAUGCUCUCGGUUGCAGGUAAAUCCGUCCAGUGAUCUUUCUCAGCAACUCUUACCUCAAAUUGAGGUUUCAGCUCAUCCAAAUAACUCUCUUCAACCUCAAAGUAUGGAAGUAACUCAAAGCGAACAGAUACGUCAUGGAAUAUCUAAGUUCCCUAUGUUGUCUACUGAAGAGGAUUUCCGGGGUAGUCAUAUCAAGCCAGAGGUAAGGCCCUUUAAUAUAGUUGGUGGUAGUAUGCAACAUUCUCAGACUCUUGAUGAGCAGAAAGAUGAGGACACUAAGCAAAGAGGAGGUGGAGACUCAAAAGAUGUCAAUCCUCCUGCCGAAGAUGGUUAUAACUGGAGAAAGUAUGGACAAAACCAAGCUAAUGGAAGAACGUAUCCUCGGAGUUAUUAUAAGUGCGCGUAUCCAAAGUGUCCUGUGAAGAAGAGAGUAGGGGGAUAUCAUGACUGUCAAGUCAUGGAAAUUAUAUACAAGGGGAUUCACAAUCACCCUAAGCCACUCUCAAACCCGAUAUCAGCCCUCGGAUCUUUAAACUCAUUUGGUGACGUGCAACUAGACAAUGUGGAUCCAAGUGGAACAGGUUUUAACAGUGAGCUGGCUUUGGCAACUAGCCAACAAGGACCUACUGCUAAAGGCCUCAUGUGGAGCAACAACAAACUUGAAGCAACAUCAUUAGCAGCUUUGCACUCUGAGUACUGCAGUGGAUCUACCACUUUACAAUCAAAGGGUGCUCAGCAGGGAUCAGCAGAUGCAGUUGAAGUAUCAUCAGUGUUUUCAAAUGAUGAAGAUGAUCAUGGUACCCGUGGCAGUGUAUUACUAGGCUAUGAUGGUGCAGAAGAUGAGUUCGAGCCCAAAAGAAGGAAGUCUACUGUGUCGGAUACAAGUGGCACCAUCAGAGCAAUCAGGGAGCCAAGAGUUGUGGUGCAUACUAUCAGUGAGGUAGACAUCAUUGAUGAUGGAUAUCGCUGGCGCAAGUACGGGCAAAAGGUGGUUAAAGGCAAUCCAAAUCCAAGGAGUUACUACAAGUGCACAAGUUCUGGCUGCAAUGUCAGGAAGCACAUCCAGAGGUCCCCAUAUGAUCAGAAGUCUGUUAUCACCACUUAUGAUGGGAAGCACUACCAUGAAGUUCCUCCAGCACGCACCAGCAGCCAAGGUAGCUCGGGAGCGUCAAAGUCUCCUUCCAACCCGAUAACUACUGAUGCUCAAAGUCAUGUAGGUAGGCCUGAGCCCACACAAGUUCAGAACACCAAGCCCGCACAAGUUCAGAACACCAAGUCCACACAAGUUCAGAACACCAACGAGCGUUAUGGAAGAGCUCCACAAAUCCAGAACACCAACGAGCGUUAUGGAAGAGCUCCACAAGUUCAGAACACCAACGAGCGUUAUGGAAGAGUUCCCUCACUUGGAUCAGCUGGUCCUAUCUCAGGAUUUGAUUGUUUCGGAACUAACGAGCAGCAAGAUCUAUCCAGUCUUGCUAUGGCCGGAUUUAACUCUAAUCAGCACCAGUUUUCAGUUCCUCUCAAUCCAUACAUAGGAUGGCAACGACCUGUGAAUGAUGUUGGUUUCGUGCUUCCAGAAGGAGAAGCAAUGCCAGAUCCUAAUUUGAACUACUCCAAUGGUUCAUCAACUUAUCAGAAAAUUAUGAAUGGAUUGCCUCCUCAGAUGUAAAGUUUUCCAAAUUUUGCCUUAUUAUAGGAAAGAAUGAAAAUGUUCGCUUUGCAUCUAUUUGAUGCAAAUUUAGAAACAAACUAGCAACAAUAGUCAUAGUUAGACAAAUGAGAGGUGAAUCCAUACAACAGGUGAGAAAGUCUCGUUGUAGGCAUCCCUUAGCAACAAGUCGAGACUUCCAUCUCUCAAAUAUGUCACAAACCUUGUGCUUAACUUUGAGAACCCGUUGGUUCUAAUAGUUUUGUGUUCUUUCGAGUUUCGGAAGGUCAACUAGUUCCUAAACUUGGUUUAUUCUCUGGUAUUAUGGACAUUUUCCCCUUAUAGCAUACUACAAGUCCAUUUUUGAAGUUCUUUUUAUACGAAAAUACUAUAUCAACAUUCAUUUUUUUGGACGUUUUUGCUUCAGGUUCUAGUUGUACGAGGGGGAAAGGAUUACCAAAAGGGCUCUAGAAAUGCUUGCAUUUUUAUUUUUUUUUGGGAAAUGUUGUACAAAUGACAUACUCUGUGAAUUCUCCUUAUCAUUUAGA